AUGUCAAUUCUCCCAAAAACUACAUUUUCUGUCAAGUUUCCUCUACUUCAACUUUCUUCCAAGACUAUUCAAAAUGUUUUGAGUAUUAUGAGUCCAUUUGAAUUAAUAGAUAUUUCAAAAUCAAGUACGAGAGUAAAGGGAAUAGUCAAAGAGUUUACAAAGAAACAAUGCAAAGGAUAUUACAAACUUAGCGUAGUUGCUAAUAUCAUCGCUUCCGUUAUUAUUCAAAAAAAAAGAUGAACAUACAAAAUAUCAUAUGAAACAAUCUAUGGUGAUACCGGAACCAAGAUAAGGAAAUUCUAUUCAAACAAUCCAGUGAAUGAAUGGAUUAUUUGUGCUGAAUAUUAUAUGAAUAUUCUAAACUGUCAACUGGAUUUUUUUCGGAUUAAUUUAGAUACAUUUCAAGAGUAUCAUCAAUCAAUAAUUAAUACGAAACAUAUUUUCUUCGAUGUUUUUGUUCACGAGAAAUGUGAUGAACAGUUAAUAAUCACUUCUAAUAGUUUUCUUGUCGAGCACGCCGCCACAUGGGUUACCUUAAAUCAUCUUUUCAAUUUUGACUGUCUCGAAAUUGGAUUAAGAAGAUCAAAUUUGACAGCAAAAGAGUUGAAUAUAUUUCUCCGACAUUGGAUGUCAUCAUGUUCCAAUCGAAGACUUCAAUUAUUUGAGUUUCAAAUUCAAGACCUCAAUUGCAUUUCAACUAUCAUGAAUCUACCACACCGUACAAUUGGACCAAGAGAAUUUGAAAUAGCUCGUAAUGAUGGGACAAGAGCCACGUGCACCUUCUAUAAACAUCCAGAAACACUAAAUAUACGUUUUCGAAAUGCAAAUAAAACUCCGGAGUUUUGUUUGGAAAACGAAUUGGUCUACUUCUUCUUAAAACUGCUUACAUCUGCGGUCCAAUUAAUACUUUUAUUUCCAUUGUUUCUUUGA